AUGCUCGCUGCUUCUGCGGCCGUCGGCAUCAGCGCGGGAGGCGCUGGAGGGCUGGGCCGGCGGCACGCGGGGCUCGCAUCGGUCCCCAUCUGGGGCGGGCGGCGAACUUCUCGCAGCCGCACGGCGGCCGCCGCCACAGGCGCCUCGGGCACCCUGCCUGCGCACCCGUCCUGGGAUAUGUUUGCGAAUGUUCAGUCUGAAGUGUCGCGGGUGCAAGCGGCGGUCGCCAGCAACACCACAGCGUUACAGUUCACAAAUGAGAAAAUUGACAAGCUGGAUUCGAGGGUGGAUGAGGGGUUCGCCAAGCUGGCGGAUGCCAUGGACAAGCAGGCGGCCAUGCAAGCGGAAGCCAUGGCCAAGCAGGCGGCCAUGCAGGCGGAAGCCAUGGCCAAGCAGGCGGCUAUGCAGGCGGAAGCCAUGGCCAAGCAGGCGGAUGCCAUCACCAAGCUGCAGCGCAGCAUCGACCAGCUGCCCUUGGCAGCGCUGAAGCCGCACCGCGCCGUCAGCUGGGGCGCCUCUGUUGUGGCCAUACGUCUGAAAAAGGGAGGCAGCAGAACAGCCAGGGUGAUGCGCAUGCAGCCAUGCCUGGCUGUGACGAUUGGGGGCCUGGGGGCAGUGACCGCAUACGUGCAGCAGCUGCUGGAUGUCACGCAGAGCAGCGCCACACAGGAGUGCAGGGACCAGGCCGGCGGUCACCAGGCAGUGCACAACUUCAUGCUGCACCGGCUGGGGGAGCAGGGGGGCCUCAGGUUCCGCCACCACUACCAUCGCUGGCGUGGCGCCCUGGCCAUCUACCGGGCCAUGUAUCCCUACCUGGGCCGCGGCUUCUUUUACAACGGGUCCAACGCAACAGGCAACUCGGUGCUGGCACACAUGCGGCUGUGCCAGUUCUGCCGCAAGCAGCAGGAUGCCGGUGCAGCAACAACGGCAUGA